GUCAAGAGAAGGAAGCGUACGAUGGGUUUGUCGUCUUUCAAGACAGGCUCAAUGGAGAGAAUGGGCUAUGGUGAUGAGUCCAAGUAUCACCAGCUCGAGUCGUUAGGAGAUGCCUUCGAAGCCUUACGGACGAAAGGCUCGCGAAUGAAGCAGAGGAUUAUCGCUGGCUCGAUUGUCUCUGUGGUAAUGAUCUUUAUCUUCUUGGCUUUUUCACCUGAUUCUACGACCGCAUCGCUCAGACAAGAGCAACUCGACAAAUGGUGGAAGCCUACCGAUCCAACGGACGCAGCAAUGGAGACUGGGAUCUGGACUGAGAGACCAGAAGACGAAAAGACAGAAGCUGAACCCGAAGCUUGCGACAAUGUCCCCGAAACCAUCCAAGUCGCCAUCCUCGAAACCGUAAUCGCACACGACGAAGUCGACGCUGCUCUCGUGCACUCCCUCGCCUCGCAACCAAAUGUAAACCUCACCUUCUACCAACAAUACCCCCGCUUCGGCAGCGAAAAGAUCUUCAAGGCGUUUGACUUGAACUACACUGGUCCGAUACACCCUGAUGACUUUAUGGGAACCGAUAAACACACUACCAUUCCUGAUUUCUUGGUUCUUACAACUUGUGAAUUGGCUUUGCGUGGAGCACCUAAGCGUCUGGAAGCAUUGCUUGCUCAAGGCACUACUCGCAUGAUCUGUGUUGUUCACCAUGCCGACCAUUGGGCUGAGGAACAGCGCAAAUCUGAUAUUAGACCCUGGGUUGAAGCCAACAUGGUUGAAUUCUGGACAUUGUCACCUCACACAGCAGCCUUCCUCUCCAACACAAUCGCUGCUUGGGAUUCCAAUGCCGACGAGCCUUGGGAUAGCCCGCCUUCUCCUCCCAUCCGCGUCUUCGCCCCCGUAUUCCCUGUUCCUGUACCCAACGUCACAGCAACAGAGCAAGCAAGCCAAGACUUGAGUUUCGCCAUGCAAGGCGACUACGAUCCUCACCGCAGAGACUACAAGCACAUUUUCGAACGCCUAGGCAAUUUUUUGUCUGCAGGCGAGGGCGAUAGAAACAUUUCUAUGCACUUGUUGGGCCAGGGACGCAGACCAGAGGUCCCCAAGAACGUGUCUAGCCAUGUCUUCUUCGACCAAGGACUCAAUUACGUGGACUUUUAUGGUUUGCUUGCUAAAGUAUCUGCUGUGUUGCCUGGAUUUGCUUCGCCUGAGUAUCUGGAUCGUAAGGCUUCAUCGUCGGUGCCUGCAUCUUUGAUCGCUGGCACACCACUGGUUGCCGACAGACGUCUUCUUUCUUCUUACGCUUAUGUUGAAGAAGACUCAGUAUGGCUGCAAGAAGACGACGAGAAUGAGUUUGACGUUGUAGGAAGGAUGUUGAGCGCAACCNCCGAAGAAAGAGCAGAGAAGAGCAAGCACGCCAAGCAGAAUGCUCAAAGAAUCAUUCAAGGCAACAUCAGAAGAGUGGGUGGAUGGUUAGGAGAAGGCAUCUUGAAGAUGUAUUGCCACGCUGGUUAUGAGCAAGAGGACGACUAG